GCCCGCUGCCCGCGCCCCUCCGCGGCCCACCGCCCGCGCGCUGCUCCUCCCUCCUGCCCCGCAGCUCCCCCACGCCCCCUCCGCAGCGCGGCUCUCACGCGCAGCCGAAUUCGGCGCCGCCUCCAUCAGAGCCGAGCCGGCGGCUCCGCAGAGCAGCCGCCUCUGCCGCCGCGCCGGGCCCUCCGCGUCCCCUCCCGUCCCGCCCUCCCAGCCCUCGGCGCCCGGGUCCCCCUUCCCCACCCUCCUCCCUCCUCCCUUCCCUUCUUCCCCCUCCGCUCGCUCUCCCGCGGCAGUCCGUGCCCGGCCCUCCAGCCGGGCCGGUAGGAGGGCGGCGGCACCACCAUGAGCUCUGAGGGCGGCCACAGCCUCAGUCUGUGUCGCGGGGCGGAGAGCGGAGACGCCGAGCCGCCGCCGCCGCCGCCCCCGCCGCCGCCGCCGGGAGAGCCGGCCCCGGUCCUCGGGGCCCCGCGCUACCUGCCGCCGCUGCCCGCGCCGCCCGUGCCCCCCGAGCGCACGGCGGGGCAGGAUGACCCGCCGAGGGAGGUGUCCCCGCGGCGCAGGGGCACGGACGAGCUACCGCCGCCGCCGCCGCCCCUGCCCCUGCCGCCCGCCGGGCAGGAGGUGUCGGCGGCUGGUGACUCCCGGGAAGGUCCAAGGCACCUCCCCGAGGUGUCAGUCCCCGAGGCGGCGGCGGGGAAGGGCGGCCCCGGGGAGCCAGAGGCCGGCGCCGGCGGGGAGGGCGAGCGGCGGGGCGCCGGCGACCAGCCCGAGACGCGCUCCGUGUGCAGCAGCCGCAGCAGCAGCAGCGGCGGCGGCGGCGACCAACGCGCGGGGCACCAGCACCAGCAUCACCAGCCCAUCUGCAAGAUCUGCUUCCAGGGCGCGGAGCAGGGGGAGCUAUUAAAUCCCUGCCGAUGUGAUGGGUCAGUUCGGUACACACACCAACUGUGCCUGCUAAAGUGGAUCAGUGAGAGAGGAUCCUGGACCUGCGAGCUCUGCUGUUAUAGAUACCACGUGAUAGCCAUUAAGAUGAAACAGCCUUGCCAGUGGCAAAGCAUUUCUAUAACACUGGUUGAGAAAGUUCAGAUGAUUGCUGUAAUCCUAGGAUCCCUGUUCUUAAUAGCCAGUGUGACGUGGCUCCUCUGGUCAGCCUUCAGCCCCUAUGCAGUGUGGCAGAGGAAGGACAUCCUUUUUCAGAUCUGCUAUGGAAUGUAUGGUUUUAUGGAUCUAGUGUGCAUAGGUCUCAUUGUGCAUGAAGGAGCUGCAGUUUACAGAGUUUUUAAACGCUGGAGAGCAGUGAAUUUGCACUGGGAUGUGUUAAAUUAUGACAAAGCCACAGACAUUGAAGAGAGCAGCCGGGGAGAGUCUUCCACCAGUAGGACUUUAUGGCUGCCACUGACGGCCCUGCGGAGCAGAAACUUGGUUCACCCGACGCAGCUCACCUCGCCCAGGUUCCAGUGUGGCUAUGUGCUCCUGCAUCUGUUCAACCGGAUGAGGCCCCAGGAGGACCUGUCAGAAGACAACAGCUCCGGAGAGGUUGUGAUGAGAGUGACUUCAGUGUGACCGGCAUGCCUGGCGAUGCAGCGCGGGCCACCCUGCACCUUUCGGAAUGUAAUUGCAAUGAGUGGAGAAACCAUAGCACUUCUAAAAACCACACAUCUGUGAACUUUUUAAAAUUUAUGCUUUUUAUAUGAACAUUUGAAUUGCAAAUACAUUUUUCUGAAAAAAAAAAAAG